AUGAUGGGCUCUCAGCAGAGCUUUGGAGACUUUGCAAACAGCCUGUCAUUCUAUGGAGGCACGCAGCAGCAGGAGAAGAAGGGUUACGCAAUGGUGUCACUGGAUGGGGCCCCUUUGCGUAGCCCUUCAGCUGGGGGGAAGCCUGCUGUGCCAGGGUUCCUCGGUAACAUCCUAGGGACGAAAGCUGGAGGCGCUCCCUCAACCGAGGUGCCCACAGGUGGCGGACUGUGGGGAAUCCCAGGGAGGGUUCCAAGCGGGUCUAUGAAGGCUCCGCCGCGCUCGCAGGAACCGAACGGCCUCUUACAGUCCGGCUUGUCUGCAGUGAAGGAUGGAGCGUCUCGCAUGCUGGAUGGCGCCAACUCGGUGGUCAAUGCUACCCGAGCUACAAUUUCUGACAACCCUCUUUCAUCGCAGAACAUGUUGAUGUUCGGGGUUGUUGCGGCUGUCGGCGUGGUGUUCAUGUUCCUGGCCUUCCUCACUCUCCCUCUCCUCGUCUUCGCUCCCUCCAAGUUUGCCCUGCUUUUCACAAUGGGUUCUCUUUGCUUUCUUUCGGCAUUGGCGCUCCUAAGAGGUGUCCUUGCCCUCUUUCGACACUUGGUUGAGCCCACGAGGUUACCGUUCACAGCGGUCUACUUUUCGUCUUUGUUUCUAACGCUAUACGCCACCUUAAUGGCCAAGUCAUAUGUGCUCACUCUUGUUUUUUCGGUCUUGCAGUUGUGCGGGUUGACUUCUUUCCUGGUGUCAUACAUUCCAGGCGGUUCUCACAUGCUCAAGUUCAUGGGGCAAGCUGCCUGGCAAGUACUGCGAAAGGCAUUCAAGUGCGGGGGGUCCCGAGACCUGCAGCUUCCCAUUUAG